AUGGCUCGCCGACAUGCUCAAAGAUCAGACACCCUCCGUGCUCGAGCUAUCCCACCACCAGAGAACAAACUCAAUCACAGAGGGGGAAUUCAGCAUGCUCUGCCCUCGGCUUCCACGUCCGAUUCCAGUGACGAAGAGGCUCUGACCAACGAGUCCUCCAUCGGCUCUGAUGAAGACUUCAACGACGAAGACGCACAAGAAGAUCUUGAUCCUGACGCUCCCCGAGUUUCUCAAUACGUGCACGAGGAAGAGCUGGUCGAGGACGAGGACGGAGCGGAGUCAGCAGAUGAGGACGAGAGAAGGCCAUUCCGUCUGAUAGCUGCGGAGCAAGAUGAACUUGCUUCUCUGUCGUUUGGGGCUUUGCGAAAAGCACAGCAGGCCUUAGCGCGUGCAACUGCCCUUAGCUCUGAAGACGAAACAUCUUCUGAUGAGGACGAUGACCCCGAACAUGAAUCAAUUAUUGAUAGGCCUCCCGGGCCGAGUAAGGGCAAAGGCAGGGAAGUGGAGAAAUCUCAGGGCUCGAAGACGGAAAUCCCCAAACGCAAGAAUAAGCAUGCACCGACUGAGGUGACGUCGAAAAAGCCUGUACCUCGGAGAAAACUAGGUGCAGAGGUGGCGAAGCCCGUUUCUCGCGACCCCCGAUUUUUAUCGUUGGCGGGCGAAUGGUCCCCAAGCCAAUUUCGAGCGCAGUAUGGAUUUUUGUCUGAGAUGCAUACACAGGAGAUGAAGACACUAAGAGACAAUCUCAAACGUGCGCGCAAGCUGCUUGCCAGCUCUCCUCGAGAUCUGCGGGAAGAACGACAGCUGGAAGUGCAGAGGCUGGAGCAGGCUUUGAAGCGGGCUGAAAGCUCGGUGAACAAGGAUCGACGCGAGAAAGUCGAGCAGGAUGCUCUCGAGAAAGUGACCAAGGAGGAGCGAGAGAAGAGGAAGGCAGGAAAGGGUGCUUGGUAUCUGAAGAAAGGGGACAAGAAAGAGUUGUUGUUGCGCGCCAAGUACGAUGCGCUUGCGGCAAGCGGGGGGAGGGGUGCGGUGAAGAAGGCUAUAGAGAAGAAACAGAAAAAGGUCAACCAGAAAGAAAAGAAGAAACGGCCGUUUGCUCCGGGCUCAGGUGGCUCGGCAGGGCGUCCGCUGAAGCGUCUCGGGGACGGAUCUGGUGGUGCUGGUGGUGAACGUUCGAGCAAGCGACAGCGUAUCAGCUAG